AUGUCUGAUGGCGACUUCAUUCCAUCUCUGACCGAUUUGCUUGGACAACUCGACGAAGAAGAUUGCAAAGAUGAAUCAAACGAACCGAAAUCGUUGGUGGCAGAUCCCCAUAGUGGCAAGGUCAGUGACGGUGGACCCCUUAACACGUUGCUGUCCCAGUUGCUAGUGGCCCUACCGUGGGAGCUGGCACUGCCUGUGGGAUUCUUCGGCUGGCCUCUUUUGGAGCAUCUGUUCAUCACAGGUUUGGAGGAAAGGGGCGAAUGCGAAAAACUUGGAGAAUGGCCGUUGCGGAUCUCCAAAAUAAAUCCGAAAGACUUGGUGCAAGAGCUCAACACUUCCGAGGCUGACAUUUCAGAUGGAGAUCGAGGAGAGAUGGCCCAGCAGGUGCUGGAGUUGCAGCAGUGGCAGGGAGAAAUGCAAGCUCGCUUGCGUUUCUUGGAAGAACACCUGGCUUGGAAAGUGCUUGGGAUCAGCCAGACCUCCGAUACCUCAGCCAUUGGCAAGGCAUUUAAGCGACGGGCACUGGAGUUGCACCCAGAUAAGGGUGGUGAUCAGCAAAAGUUCCAGCUGCUUCAAGACAUGAAGGGAUUGUUAAUUCCUGAUGGUGUUGCUUCAAAGCCUCGUACACGGCGAGAACCCAAGGCAUCCGAUGGUGAUGACGGUGAUGAUACGGAUGAGGAAAUCGAGCAGCUGAUCCGUGCAAGGCGACAGGUUGAAGAUAGCGAUGCAGAAAUGAGAGACUCCGUUGCCCCAAAGGCCAGUUUAUCAGCAACACGAGUGAAGCUGCACCAAGCAGUAGUGCUUGCCUGGGAUCGAUUUCAAGACCUCGGGAAGAAGCUGGCCCAGUUUAAGCCAACAGAGGAUGGGCAAGAAAGUCUUGAAGUUCUUCGGAAAUUUCAAUUCUUUCUGACCAGCUUUGUGGCACAGCACAGCAAUAAGACCAAGUUGAUUGAGCAGUUUUUGAUGGACGGGGCAGACAUCCUUCUGGCAGCUGCGCUUCUGGAUGCCGAUGCUACUUCUUCCUGUAUUGCCGGAGUGUUUGGCACACCCGGGUCCGAUUGCCUCGGGGGCUUAUGUGACACGCUUGAAGGCCUCGAGAUGCUGCGACCAAGAGUCUUGACUUUUUGGACAUCGAUCCGACCAGACUUUGUCGCGGAUGCACCUGCCGAUCGAAAUCAGCCGCCUAUGCAGCAAGAUGGAGACCCAUUGGGUUUGGUGAAAGCGAACGCUGAGAUAGCUAUGAUGCAUGAGAGACAUUUGAUGCCUGAGAUACGUGCUGAAGUCUCCAAUGCAAAGACAGUAGCUUGGCAAAUCCGCCUUGCAGAUGUUGCAAGGAACAUCAAGAAGUGCAAGAAGUUGGCAACAGCAGCGGCUAUCACGGCGGCACAACUGGCCGUCAUGGUCCCGGAUGCUCGCUUGCAUGUUGCGUUUGCACCAGCUGUCUCAGACGGAGAUGGGGCUUCAAAAGAUGAGCCUUUACUAAACUCUUCCACUGCAGUGCGCUGGAGAAGGACUUGUCGCGCCGGCAGCAUUUGUUCCAAUCAGCAAGCCUGGCCUUCCAGCUAUGCCAUCAAUUACGAAGACGCGCCUGGCGGAAAGUUGGAUGAGCAGGAAGAUGAGGACAAUUAUCUCGACUAUGGCCAGUACACCCUUAGCGAGAACGAACUGGACGAAGACGAGACAAUCAUCAGACCUGCUCAGGCCAGCAAAGCUAAAUGUGAUGAGUAUAUCGUUGACAACACAGAGCUUCAAGCUGACGCUCCCGGUGUUGCGUACCGUUUCAGCCGCCGACUCGACGACAGGGAUGAAAAACGCCCCGUUGCAGCCUGGGGCGCCAUUGUCGGUGGAGAGGCAUCCAACGGCUGGGUCAAGGUUGGAGAUCGCUUUCUCCCCUUGGAGGUGAAUGGGUGCAAGGUGUUGCUGUACCGGGGGCCAUCCAAGUUCCGAGCAGAAAAGCGUUUGGAAGACUUGAAUGACUCAGAGGAUGAUGCAGAGGAGGUGGCAUCGCCAUGGAAGGAUCAGAAGACCACAGGCCUAUCCCGACACAAGGAGACGUCUGGAGAGCGCAGGAAACGACUCCUCUUGGAGGAGCAGCUGAGGGCCACGGACAAGGAACACGAAGAACAUGAGCGACGCAGCAGAGCAUUGCUGCGAAAGCAUCAGCAAUUGCUGCAAGAGCCCACAGCAACACAUUAUUCAGUCCUGGGACUUCGACGAACGGCAAAGCCUGAGGAAAUUGGUCAGGCCUUUAAGGUUUUGUGCAAGCUGUACCACCCGGACAAGGCAGCUUCUGACCGUGCCACACGUGCAGCUAGAGAGCGGGUUAUGGCCCAGCUCAACGAGGCUCACGCAGUGCUCUCAUGCCCGACCCAACGCUGGGCUUACGACAGAACCCUGGCGCCGGCAGAAGACAAGGACGCAGAGCUCGACCUAACACGGGCUGCUGCUCCGCGUCCAUGUCAGGAGCAGGAUUCUGCAGAAGAUGCCGAUUUUGAUUUCACAGGAGAUGGCAGGCCAUUUCGGUACUGCAGAGGGAAGGCAGCUCGUGUGGCAAAGUCUUGCGGCAGCCGCGACAAGGUGAGGAUUGUGAUGCAUCAGCUCGUUGGCAGAUGUCCGAUGGAGCUGGCGGACUGCCAAGGAGUGAUUCGCCAUGUGGGUCCAAUGACGCCGCUGGGCGGCUUGGGUGAGUGCGGGCAUCCGAGCUGCUCCGCUCAUCGUUUGAAACAUCCAGAGGUUCGCGCAGGCUUUCGGGAUUUCAUCGUGUCGAAAGUACGAGAUGCGGUCCGCGCUAGAACAUGCUGGUGGGGUCCAGAAGGCUUGCGAUACGCUUCCUUGGGCAGUGGCGAACUGCUCUUUGAUUUGGAACUGCUGGAGAGGCUGAGGGAAGAGGCGGAUGUUCGCAUAGCACAAAUUUGCUUGAUUGACAGGGAGUAUGAAACUCCAAGUGCUGGUACGCGCCGAGCCCUUCGCGAAUUUGCGGACUGGCAGCGUGCCAGCGCUCAACUGCGGCGCCAUGAGCCUGCCGAGAUCUUGGCCUUCGGGCGAUUGGCUGACUUCUUUCAGGCUUCAGCUGAAGGAGGUCGUGCAGCAGGAUGCCAUGUGUUUGUCCAAUGCGACACACAUUGGAAUGGCUGCGCGGGUGAUUGCAACAGACUGGCCAGUCGUGCAUUGUGCAAAGACGGCUUGCUGGCCCGGCUGGCAGAGAGCACAGAUACUCUGGAUGCAGAUCUGCCCAAGGGCGCAUUGGUGGCUCCAUUUCAAGGAGACCUGGCUCCUAGACAGGAGGCGCCUGGCAUGAAGCUGAAUGCAAGCGAUGGAAGUGAGUUGCUCUCCACUUUGAGCAUCAGUCACCUGGGUGGCCUUCAUGUGGGUGAGCCUUUCUUUUCCGCUGCUUGGACCUUGGCAACUUGGCCGGCUGAGUGCUUCAAACCACCGUCACUGCAGCCCGUGGAUCAUCCACUGCUGAGUCGCAGAGAGGAUGCAUCAAGAAUACGAAUCGUGGGGAAGGAGCGUGGUCUUGCGGUUUGGCUUGUGACCUGCGCCACGCGGAUUGCAGUGAGAUCUGGGCCACAUGCACAGGCCCAGGUGGUGGAUGUGUUCUACAAAGGCGACGAAGUUCUAUCGGCGCCCAAGGACUUUCAGGGCCCGUGGCUUCGGAUCGCAAAGGAAAGCUGGCCAAAUCCAACAGAUGCUCCUGAAGAGGCCUGGGUGCUUCAAGAUGGCACUGAAUUUGGCCUUGGCAUCCUCUUGGAGCAGGUCAGUGGGCCAAAGUAGUGCUGUUUGAAGGUGCCACGACAUGUGCCAGGGCUGCCAGCUUGUCAGCAAAAGUGCGCAAAA